AUGUCCGGCUCAGAUGACCUAAAGGUGCAUGCCACCUCCAACCAAGACUUUUACGCCCUCCUCGACAUACCGUCUACUGCCAGUGACGCCGAGAUUCGACGCGCAUAUCGCCGCACAGCACUCAAGUACCACCCGGACAAAAUCGCCAACCCUGUCCAGCAAGACUUUGAAAAGUUCCACCUGCUCCAGAUCGCCAACGAUGUCCUCUCCGACCCAGCCGUGCGCACGCUCUACGACAAUGCGCGGGAAGCGCGUAUGCGCAAGCAGCGUGAGCGCGAAAUGUUGGACGCGACAAAGCGUCAAAUGCGCGAUGAUCUCGAAGCGCGGGAGCGAGCUGGGGCUAUGCAGCAGGGCAUGGGGCAACAAGGCGUGGGUCAACCGGGCGUGAAGCGGCCGUGGGCUGGUACUGCGGACGAUGAUGCGGAGGCGAAACUGCAGCAGGAGCUAGAUCGGAUUGCAGAGGAUGGGCGGAAGAGGAGGCGAGAGGCGGCCGAGAAGUUGAAGAGGGAGCUAGAAGAGGAAAAGAAGAUCAUGGAGGCCGAGGCGGCAGCGGCGGCAGCAGAUCCAAGCACUAAACGCGUGGAUCGGUCAAAGAAUGUGCAGGUUUCAGAGCUGGACAGAUCGGUCAAGGUGCGCUGGGCCCGGGAGGGGCCGGGGCUUGACUUUGAUGGGGAAUGGUUGGCUGGAUUAUUCGGGGAGUUUGGGAAAGUCGAAAAUACGUUUAUGUUGAAGGAUAAGCGUGUGCGUGUGGAAGGGAAGAAGGGCAAGGUUACAUUUGCGACGGGUGUGGUGGUUUUUGCCUCAAUUGUCAGCGCGCAUGCCGCUGUGAUCGACGGUGAAAAGAAGAUACGCCAAUCCGAGAGGGAUUGGACGCUUGUGGAAUCGGUUGCUUGGGCUUCAGGGCAGAAGCCGGACCUGGAACCGUUUACCGGCGAUCCAAUUCAAGAAAAAUCGCCUGCGACCCCUCAAGAACAAGAGCCUACGCCAUCUGCAAAGCCAACGGAACCGAGCAAGCCAUCUUUCAACUUCCCUGGCCUAAACUCGGUCCCCAAGGGUGGAAAAGCACCUGCAUUCGGAUCAUUCGCAUCCGCUGCGGGUGUGCCAAAGGCAUCUUCAUUUGAUCCUGCAGCCAAAGCUCCUGGCACCCCUAGCAUGGAGGAAACGAUGCUCAUGCGACUGAAGACUGCACAGCUGGAAAAAGAAAGAAAAGCGCUCGAAGAACAGCUUGCCAAAGAAGAUGAAGCUGCGGAUGCAGAAGAGGCGGCAGCAGCUAAGGCGAAUGGAAACUGA